AUGACCGGCUGGCCAUUUAUCUUAAUUACAAUAGUCUUAAUGAAGACGAAAGAUCCUCGUGCGAUCAACGCCGAGGUUCCUCUCGAUAAUUUAAGUCCACACAAUGAGUCUAUGGAAAUCGAGAAACGUCUCCCGGAAGAUGUAGUUCCCAAGAAAUAUGUGAUUACAAUUUCGCCUGAUUUUAAUAAAAAUGAAUUUCACGGUAACGUUCGUAUAGAUCUCGAAUUAUUAAAUAACCGAAGUCACAUCAUUUUACACUCGAAGGAUUUAACCAUAUCGUCGACUAAAUUGUACAUAGAAAAACCGGAGACAGAAGUUCAAAUACAAUCUAUCGUUAAGUUGAUGAAACGCGAGAUGUUGGUGAUCAAUACUUAUAGAAAUAUCUCCCAGGGGCGAUACUUUUUGAAAAUGGAUUUCACCGGUAAUCUGACCCAAAAAAUGACCGGAUUUUACUUAAGCACUUAUUUUGAUAAAUCAAUUAGAAAAUUAGCGGUGUCGCAAUUCGAGCCACAUUACGCCAGAACUGCGUUCCCUUGCUUCGACGAGCCAAAUUUCAAAGCCAUUUUCGUUAUUAAUAUCAUUUUCACGAAAAUGUUUUUGUAUCAUGCACAAUCGAACAUGCCUCUUAAGAAAGUAGAGGCGAUGAAAAGCGAGGAGGACAAAGUAAUCGCACACUUCGAUCCCACACCACCAAUGUCCACUUAUCUCGUUGGCUUUCUCGUGAGUGACUUCGAAUGUGUAGGAACCAAUAUGGAUCUCUUAAAUGGAAACGAAAUACCAAUAACUAUUUGCGUGAGGCCUAUGUUCAAGCACAAAGUGGGAUUCUCCUUGAACAUCACAGUUAGAACGAUGAAGUAUUUCCUGGACACGUUUCAGAUCGAUUAUCCCCUACCAAAGCUUGAUCUCGUCGCCAUACCUGAUUUCACGGCCGGCGCAAUGGAGAAUUGGGGUUUGAUCACGUUCCGUGAAACAGAGCUGCUUCACAGCGAAAACAGCUCUUGCAUCAAUACGAGAAGCGUAAGCUUGACGAUCGCUCACGAAUUGGCCCAUAUGUGGUUCGGCAAUCUGGUCACCAUGAAAUGGUGGGACGAUCUUUGGUUGAACGAAGGAUUCGCCACUUACAUGGAGCAUCUGGCCAUUAAUUCUUUGUUCCCCGACUGGAAUCUGAUGGAUUCCUUCCCGUUAUACACUAAAUACGUCUCUAUGAAACACGAUGUGAAACUGCGUGCUCGCCCUAUCGUGAAACGGAUCGAGGAUCCAGAGGAGAUAGAAGAGUUAUUCGAUCCGGUGACUUAUCAAAAGGCUGCGUCGGUGAUUAGGAUGCUCGAGGACGCUAUUGGCAAUGCCAGCUUGUUCUCUGUUGUCGGAAAGUAUCUGAAAACCUAUCAGUUUCGUAAUGUGGAUUCUCGAGAAUUCUUCGAUAUCCUGGCGAACAAUACGCACCCCACCAUCGAUAUCGUAGAUUUCGUCUCUCGAUGGAUGAGAUUCCCCGGAUUUCCGGUGGUCAACGUCCGCCGAAACAAAGCGGAUUUUCAACUGCUUCGACGACGCUUCGUGACGAGCAGACGACUCAAUGAAACGAUCGAUACAGGCUGGACCAUUCCCAUUAAAUACGUGACGAGCAGACAAAAAGAUAAAAUCAAGUUGGAUUGGUUUCUCGCUAAUUAUUCUUGCGUGGAAUUAUCGCUGGGAAGAUCGGUGGAUUGGAUCAAAAUGAAUCACAAUUCGAUCGGUUAUUACAUUGUGAAUUACACGGAAGAUGCCUGGAAUACGUUCAGCAAAUUAUUAUCAGACAAUCAUUUAGCUUUGAACGCUAUAAACAGGGCGGAUUUGUUGCACGAUGCUUUUCUUUUAGCGGAAACUGAUUUGAAUUACUUUAUAGUCAUGAACCUAACUUCUUAUCUAGUGAAGGAAAACGCUUAUCAACCGUGGGUCGUUACUGUGGAAUGGUUCAACCAGAUGAACAGAUUGCUUGCAGGGACACCCCUGCUUAAACGUUUCCAAUCAUACGCGAAGAAUCUAAUCGACAAUGUUUAUCGCAAAAUCAAGUGGAACUUUCAUUUAAAGGAUUCCUUUAAAGAAAGAGAAUUUCGUGUAUUGAUAUUGAACGCAGCUUGCAGCGUGGGCCACGAGGACUGCCUCGAGAAAGCCGGAAAAUGGUUGAAGAAUUUUCUGCAGAACGUGAAGCACGAACCGUUGCCAGUCGAUAUUCGGUCUAUCGUGUAUUCGUAUGGCCUGUUUACGCGCGACGUUGGAUCGAUAUACAAGAAUAUGUCGCAACGAUUGAAGAUGGAGCAAGACGUACAGGAAAAGGAACGCAUGAUGAUCGGAUUGACUGGAGUUCUGGACAAAAAUAUUCUUAAACGAUAUCUCACGCAAGCAUUGGACGAGGAAUUCAUUCGUAAGCAAGAUUUUGCCACGUUGCUGAUGAAGAUUGCCUUGAAUCCCAUGGGGUUGGAUGUCGCCUGGAAUUUCGUAAAAGAAAACUGGGUAAAGCUACGCGCAAAAUACAAAACGAACGACUACAUUCUAGGAAAACUUACUUGUGGAAUCUUAUCUUUGUUCAAGGAUCGUCAAAAGUUAGAGGAGGCAAGAAGAUUCUUUUUGAAAAAAAAUGAUUUAAAAAUAACCAUGAGCAUGAAGAGAAACACUAUCGAAGAUAUAGAAAACAAUAUCGAUUGGAUGGAUACCAAUAUGCAAAUGAUCGAGCAAUGGCUGCUCUCUCGUGGAUUCAAUUAA